AUGCUGCACCGUCUCGGCCUUGUCUUGAGCGUUCUCCUCGUGUCUGUGGGCGCCUGCUCAUGGGAGGCCACAGCGCGCCACGUGACCAGCAACGUAUCGCUCACGUGCCCCUUCGUGGCGCCUGGGAUGCACUUGACGCCGACACGCCUCGGCGAGCCAAUGGUAUGGUCCGACGCAGGCGACGCAUUCGAGGUGCUCUUGUUUGACGCUGCGGGCGUCUCAGUCGACGCUGUGACGCGCACGGGCGACCACACGUGGGCGCCGCCGACGCGCGCGCUCGCGACGUGCCCGCUCCCCGGCGUCUACAAAGCCACCGGCUUCAGCCUCGAGCUCACGAGCGCCGGAACGUUCUCGCAAACCGUGUCGAUUUCAACCACGACGUGCGCGACGACGGGCCAGUACACUGCGUCGGACCAGACGCUGACGCUCACGGUCGCGACGGCGUCGUCCGGGUGCGGCGGCCUCAUUACACCCGACAUGAAAGUGUCGAGCCUCAUCGCCUUCUCGGGCGACUGCCAGCAAGUCACGAUCCAAGUCGCAGGCUCCAUCACGUCCCUCCAGCGGUCGUCCAGUGCAUCGCGCCUACUGCUAAGUCUUCUGGUCAUGGCGAUAACGUCGGCUCGUAUCUUUUACUAA